AUGGAGCAAACUGCACAGAUAAGAGAUGCAUUACUUGAUUUGGCAGAAAGUAAUGAAGAUCCUAAAUUACAGAAAAACGCAUACUUCAAAAAAAAAAAAAAACAAUUUGAUGAAAGCGGUAGUGAUGAGGUAAAACAAUCAGCAGAAGAAUCUUUUAGAGUUGAGUACUUUAUUUUUAUAAUUGAUCAAGCUCUAUCUUCUCUGAGGAUCGAAUUUGAACAAUUCAAACAAUAUGGUUGUAUCUGCGGAAAGAAGUUUUUCAAAAUUGAAGUUGAUCAAAACUUAUCUCCAAUCAACUAUGUCACAAGAAAGAUUAAACAGAACAAAAUAACCAAUCACUCUCACAUGAUGCCAUCAAAUAACUGCUAUGAUUCUCUCUUGAAUCUAUCAAGGCGGCCAUUGUUUGAACUCAAGGACAAGCAGACGAUUAGGUCAAUCUUUUAA